AUGACUUGCGGCCGCAGGGCCCUCUCCCACUUGCCCUUGCGUCUUGCCCCUCCGCGUUCCUACGCUACGUCCAGCGCCCCGCCAUGGCGACCAUCAUCCGUCCUGGAUGAAUGGGUGCGGCGAGAGGCCCGUCCCAUCAGCUUACGCCAAUUGACCUUCUUCGGCGCACGCUUGACCGAGACAAGGCUCCUGGGCUCUGCCAACUAUGUACGGACAGAGCUCCCCACCCGGAUCGCCCACCGUCUUCGUGACAUGCAGACUUUGCCCUAUGCCGUUGUCACAAAUCCGCACCUUUCCCAUGUCUACGAGCUUUACUAUCGCGCGUUUGAGAGAUACCGCCGGGUGCCCGAGAUAAAGACGUUGGAAGACAACGACCACUUGUGUCAAAUCAUAAAGGAGACGGUGAAUGAGCAUCUUACCGUCAUACCGCGGUUAGCCAUAGGAGUACUGGAGGUCCAGGGUUCCAUGAAGCCGGAGGAGACCGAUAAAUUCAUGACGACUCUGCUGCGAUCUCGGAUAUCGCGACGCACUAUCGCUGAGCAGCAUCUUGCACUGACCGAAACAUUCCAUUCCCCCUGGCACUUCCCAGAGGCAAGUUCACAGUUGGACCCCAAUAUGGACUCGGUUGGGGAGAUAUUUCUCAAGUGCAAUGCGAAAGAAAUAGUCGAGCAAUGUGCAAACGCAACCAAAGAGUUGAUGCUCCAGACUUACGGCUCGUCCACCCAACUUCCAGAAGUCAAGAUUGAAGGGCAUACACAUGCUACGUUCCCGUACAUAUUGAGCCAUCUGGAAUACAUUGUCGGCGAACUCCUACGGAACUCAAUCCAGGCCGUCAUCGAGCAAAGGCGGACAGCGCCUCCUCCAAUUGAGGUUUUAAUAUGCGAAACACAACAGCAUGUUAUCAUCCGAAUCUCCGACCAGGGUGGGGGUGUGCCCAAAGAGGUCCUACCGUAUCUUUGGUCAUUCAGCAAGGGGCCACGACGCAAAAUUCGGCUCGAAAACCUCCAAAGGGUCCCGAAACUGGCAGCCACAACGCAAGAAGUAAAACCUCUAAAGGUCGACGAUCGUAGCUUGGAUAAAUCCUUGACUACCUUGACGAGCAGACCUCCUGAUUUGCGGCUGGGCAUCGGAUUGCCUAUGAGCAGGAUAUAUGCAGAAUAUUGGGCUGGCAGCCUUGAACUGCAUAGUUUGGAGGGAUAUGGGGUCGACGUGUUCCUGCAGAUUUCUAAAUUGGGCAACAAGAACGAGCAGCUUACAACCAGAGCAAGCAUGGAUGCCGUCUAG